AUGGCGCCUGGACUCCGAUUGGUACAACUUCCCUUCCUUAUUUGGCAGUUUACGGAAAGCAACUUCCCAACUUUUGUCCUGCCAAACUCUACCUUUGGGCUUCUUGCAGCCUCCGCGGCGCCACUGCUAACUAACCGUCUCGAGCGAGUCCCAGCGGCCAAUCUUCUACUUCUGGGAUUUCCCCGUGUACUUCUAUUCAACUGGGUCAAUGUACUUGUGUUCGACCUAGCCAAUCAACGACUACCGGAAUCAAAAGUUGAGGAUAGGAUCAAUAAACAAUGGCGCCCACUUCCUCAAGAGCACAUUAGUUCUGAGACAACGCAGCAUUUGUUGCUGGCUGCUAUUCCUAUCACUCUAGGAAUUGGUACGAUGCUGGGAGUCGCGACUAAAACCUCUUUAAUCCUGAUUCUGACCUGGAUGUACAACGAUCUACGUGGGGGUGACGAGAUAGUACGAGAUGUCAUUAUCGCCGCAGGAUACGGUCUCUAUCUAUCCAGCUCGCUAGAAAUUGCCAUCGGCUCAGAUUACCACAUCACCACAGAUGGGAUUUACUGGAUUUGCAUGAUAAGCGGCAUCAUUCUGACCACCAUGCAAGUACAGGAUCUCAAGGACCAGCCUGGUGAUCGAACCCGAGGCCGAAAGACUUGGCCCCUGAUCUUAGGAGAUAAUGUUUCACGAUGGAUGAUUACUGUCUUUGUUAUGUUCUGGAGUAUCACGUGUACCCUAUUCUGGGAUCUUCCAUUGCGUUGGUAUGCAUUGACGAUGACCACUGGGGUCUGGGUUGGUUUCAAAGUGUUGCAGGGGAAAGAUGAUUCCUGGGCUUGGAAGUGGUGGUGUUUGUGGCAGGUAGUAAUCUAUGGACUUCCUUGUCUGGCAGUAUGUGACUGA